AGUCAAGCCGGAAGCAAGGUGUGGCGCUGCGCGAGCUGAGCCCGCCGCGGGGCCUGUGUGCUGUGGGUUCCCGGCCAGCUUGUCUGUGGCGUCCCUGAUCCUUCCAGACUUCGAGAGACCGCACACAGUGACAAGACCCUUGGCUGGACCCUUGUCUACAGCCAGGAGCCAAUGGCAGAGAACAAAACAAAACCCUAUGAGCUGGACCAAGAGAAAUACGAUGCCGAUGACAAUGUGAAGAUCAUCUGUCUGGGGGACAGCGCAGUGGGCAAGUCCAAACUCAUGGAGAGGUUUCUCAUGGAUGGAUUCCAGCCACAGCAACUGUCCACAUAUGCCCUGACUCUGUAUAAGCACACGGCCACAGUGGACGGCAAGACCAUCCUUGUGGACUUUUGGGAUACAGCAGGCCAGGAACGGUUCCAGAGCAUGCACGCCUCCUACUACCACAAGGCCCAUGCCUGCAUCAUGGUGUUUGAUGUACAGAGAAAAGUCACCUAUAAGAACCUGGAUACCUGGUAUGCAGAGCUUCGGGAGUUCAGGCCGGAGAUCCCAUGCAUCGUGGUAGCCAAUAAAAUCGAUGCAGACAUGCAGGUGACUCAGAAAAGCUUCAAUUUUGCCAAGAAGUUCUCCCUGCCCAUGUACUUUGUUUCAGCUGCCAAUGGUACCAACGUUGUGAAGCUCUUCAAUGAUGCAAUUCGAUUAGCUGUGUCUUACAAACAGAAUUCCCAGGACUUCAUGGAUGAGGUUUUGCAGGAGCUAGAGAACUUCAAGUUGGAGCAGAAAGAGGAGGAUGAACCAGACCAAGAGCAGUGUGGCAGGAUUGAGAGCCCAUCUCCAGCCUCACAUGGCUGACUUGGGGACGUGGAGGGAGCCUUUUGGAAUACCCCUCAGCUCUGAAUGGAGAACCUCUCCAGACCAACCCUGCUCAGCCUCUUGCAAACCCACCAUCUGGUGGUGCAGGAUGAGGUCAGCACCAGCACACUAGACAGGCAUAAGAUCCCACUAACCUCCUUGCAGCAGGAUUAAGGAUCAGUGUCUUUCACACCUUCCCACCCCAACCCCCAGCUGCACAGCAGAGAAUCAGGGAACACACUUUUGUAUCUCUUUAGUAAAUGGACACUUAGGUGUUUGAGUUGUUUUCCUCCCAAAACUGACCUCAGGGACUAUUAGUUGUAUUCCUGCCAAGAGAGUGAUUGUUAAUCCCUGAUUAACCCAUUACCCCCUGCAGAAUCUAGAGGCCUUUGUCCUUUUUUCCCCUUGAGUCUCCCAGCGAACUUUUUAAACAAUGUUUUUAAACAUACAACUUUUCUUGAGCACCUACUAUUUCAGGAGCUCUUAAGGCCAAGGUGACAGGAAGAGGUUUCCAUUACAGUUAACUAAAAACAGGUGACAGGUUUAGCUGUAUCUGGUCAUACACAGACACUACUUUUAAACAUCAGGUCAUACAGUUGUGCUGCAAGGAAUACCCUUUUGGAUUACAAGAAGUCCGCUUUCUGAACAGCUUCUUUUAAAGCCUCCCCAACAGCAUAGAAGCUUUACUCCAUUUUAGUAGAAUGAGUUGGAUACUAUGCCUCAUAGUAGCCAAGGACUGUUCAGGAAGAGCUGUCCUGCUGCCUUUCCUACCCUGCCCAGUACCUGAGACUUGCUA